UAUUCAUCUCCUUCUUCAAAAUCGCCACUCUGACUCUGCUCCGUUCGACAUUCUAGAAGAGAGAGUGACCCAAAUCUCCCAUUCAUGGCGUUAUUACGAUCAAAACUCCAUCUUUCUCGAACCCUUUCCCUCAUCUCUCCUCAUAUACCCAAACCAUUGUCCACCUCCGCAACUUCUCUACUCCAUGACCACGAAGGCGACGAAUCCGCCGUCGUCUCUGUCCCUAUCUCACCUGCGUUAACUCCAGCAGAUACACAAACAGCAGAAAAGUUGCAUUCGAUCAUCAAAGAUCACUAUCGCAAAAACCCUACUUCCUCCAACGACGCCGUCUUAAACCCUAGCUUAACCCUCCCAUCUCUCUCCCUCGACUUCUCCCAAAUCGAAGCUUCUCGAAUCUCUCCUUCCGUCGUGCAAUGCGUUAUAGAGAAGUGCGGCGGUGUCCGCCAUGGAAUCCCUCUUCACCAGUCUCUCUCUUUCUUCAAUUGGGCAACUUCACGAGACGAAUAUGAUCAGAAAUCGCCUCAUCCUUACAAUGAAAUGAUUGAUCUUGCUGGAAAGGUUAGACAAUUCGACUUAGCUUGGCACUUGAUUGAUCUCAUGAAAUCGAGAAAUGUAGAGAUUUCGAUUGAGACCUUCACGAUUUUGAUUAAACGUUAUGUUAGAGCUGGAUUAGCUUCAGAGGCUGUCCAUUGCUUUAACCGUAUGGAAGAUUACGGAUGUGUUCCUGAUAAAAUCGCGUUUUCCAUAGUUAUUAGUAUCCUUUCUAGGAAGAGGAGAGCUACUGAAGCUCAGUCGUUUUUUGAUAGCUUGAAGGAUAGAUUUGAGCCUGAUGUUAUAGUUUACACCAAUUUGGUUCGUGGGUGGUGCAGAGCUGGUGAAAUCUCUGAGGCAGAGAGAGUGUUCAAAGAGAUGAAAUUGGCUGGGAUUGAACCGAAUGUGUAUACUUACAGCAUUGUGAUCGAUGCGUUGUGUAGAUGCGGGCAAAUCAGCCGUGCCCAUGAUGUUUUCGCGGAUAUGUUAGAUUCAGGUUGUGCUCCAAAUGCUAUUACUUUUAAUAACUUGAUGAGGGUUCAUGUGAAAGCAGGAAGAACAGAGAAGGUUUUGCAGGUUUAUAACCAGAUGAAGAAACUAGGAUGCGAGCCUGAUACUAUCACUUAUAACUUCCUCAUUGAGACUCAUUGCAGAGACGAGAAUCUUGAAAACGCAGUCAAGGUUUUGAACACGAUGAUCAAGAAAAACUGUGAUGUGAAUGCUUCGACUUUCAAUACAAUAUUCAGGUACAUCGAGAAGAAGAGAGAUGUGAAUGGUGCGCAUAGGAUGUAUUCAAAGAUGAUGGAAGCAAAGUGUGAGCCGAACACGGUGACUUAUAAUAUACUGAUGAGGAUGUUUGCUGGGUCAAAAUCUACUGAUAUGGUUUUGAAGAUGAAGAAAGAGAUGGAAGAUAAAGAAGUUGAGCCGAAUGUGAAUACCUAUAGGCUUUUGGUCACAAUGUUUUGUGGGAUGGGACAUUGGAAUAAUGCUUAUAAGUUGUUUAAAGAAAUGGUUGAAGAGAAGUGUUUGACACCGAGCUUGUCUUUAUAUGAGAUGGUUCUUUCUCAGCUAAGGAAAGCUGGGCAACUGAAGAAGCAUGAAGAGUUAGUGGAGAAAAUGAUUCAGAAGGGACUCGUCGCUCGGCCAUUAUAGGAACCUUCCAAGCAUCAAAGCAGAACCCUUUUUUUUUUCUCAAUAACUUUUAAGGUUGUUUUAAAGGAAUUUUAUCGUCGAUCAGAUUGUAACUUCGUUUUGAGCACAACACUUGGAUAACUUGCGAUUAGAAGUAUUACUGUACCAUUUGUACUCUUUUUUUUUACUUUAUCUAUAGAUCACACUACGUUUUUCGGUUA